UACAAUUACAACUUCGAUAAUUCUCUUCCACUUAUAGUGCAAUUAUACAAAUGUCAUAUACCGAAAUAACGAAGCCAGAAAUUGUGGCUACACCAAAAUCUACAAAGAAGCCCUUGGUGCUCCCUCCAGGGUUUGGUCAGGAUGGAAAAUCUGCUUCAGGUAAGACUAAGAAGGUUCUGUUCAAGAACGGUGAUGAGCAGAUGGAGGAAUUGAAGGUAAAAAAGGCAUGGGAGUUGGCAACUGGUCCUGCUAAGUCCAUACCGAUGAAUGCCAUCAUGAGUUAUAUGACUGGUAACUCGUUACAGAUCAUUCCAAUGACUAUGACAUUAAUGUUAUUGUGGAACCCUUUGAAAGCCAUUUUCACAGAAACCAACGACACUUUCAAAGGUUUGAUCACUAAGAAAAACUCGUCCAAUAUAUUAUUGGCCAAAUUGGGAUUUGUUUUCUUCCAGUUACUUAACAUGUCUAUUGGGAUCUACAAGUUAUAUACCAUGGGACUCAUUCCUAACACAGAGGCAGAUUGGCUUGCCUGGAAAGAGUUGAAGUCUUUUGAUGAAAGGUUGUCUUUUUAUUAGACUAUGUACGAUGCCAUGCGAUUCAUAUAUGUAUAAUACAAC